AGUUGACUUUAAAAAUUACAAAUAGUACAAAAAUAUCGCAAUAAUUAAACAUAUAAGUGAACCAAAAUGAAAAAAAGACUUUUGAUUCUGUUACUCCUGAUGACUUACUUCUUUAACUCCGAAGGAAGGUCUCCUAGAGUCAUAAUUAUUGGAGCAGGUGUAUCAGGAGUCGCAGCAGCGUCUAGAUUACUUGAGAAUGGAUUCGACAAUAUUACUAUUCUUGAAGCGGAAAAUCGAAUUGGAGGAAGAAUACAUUCUGUUAAAAUAGGUGGGUACGUAGUCGACCUUGGAGCCGAAUGGGUAGUAGGAGAAGAAGGUAACGCAGUAUACGACCUAGCUGAUCCGUUGGGUCUUCUUGAGAAGUGUUCUGGAUAUAAUGCAUGGAAUACAACGGCAAGACUCUUCGGAUCUUCUGGAGAAGAAAUACCUCGAGAUGUCGCUAGUGGAUUGGUGCAAUAUUUCAAUAAAGUCAUGGAAGAAAUAAAUUCUAAGGAUGAGAGUGAUGAUGUAAAAGCUGAAAACCUUGGUCAAUAUUUCGACCCUAGGUUGGAUAAAUACUUUAAAGAUCAUCCAGAAAUAAGCCCUGAAUUACAUGAGCCUUUAAAGUAUUUGCUGAAUUUGUUAGACAAUGUACACGAUGCUGGCAAAAGUUGGUACGAUGUUUCUGUAAACAGUUUAUUGAAGCUAAUAGCGAUUGAUGGAGAUCAUGCUAUUAAUUGGAAAGAACGAGCUUACAGUAUGCUUUUCGACUUACUAAUGAAAAAAUAUCCUAAUCCGGAAGAAGAAUUACCUGUGAAGGAAAAAACAAAGCUUAAUACGAAAGUUACCAAGAUAAAAUACGAUGAAACUUCCGUAAAAGUUACGACUGCUGAUGGAGAAGAAUACGAGGCUGACCACGUCAUAGUUACAGUGUCUUUGGGAGUUCUUCAAAAACAUAUGGACACGCUGUUCAAUCCAAAAUUACCUGAGAAGAAAGCUAAUGUCCUUAAGAAUCUUACCUAUGGGCAUAAUGCUAAAAUAAUUAUUUACUAUAAAGAUCCUUGGUGGCUUGAAGACUUAACUUACAUUCGGGGUAUAUACUGGACGGAAGAAGACAGAAAAGAGUUAGAAAAUGAUCCUCUGCGAAAGUGGAUGCUUAGUGUAUCGGUGGGAACGAGGAUCGAGCAUAAACUAAAGUUGCUUAAGACUUGGGUAACUGGAGAAUACGUCACGGAAAUGGAGCUGGUUCCUGAAGAAUUGUUCCAAAAACAAAUCAAGGAACUUAUCAGAAGGUUCUUUGGACAAGCUUAUAAUAUUACUGAGCCGACGGAGAUAAUUCGGAGUAUGUGGAACACUAAUGAGAACUUUCUUGGUACCUAUCGAACUGCGGGGUUACCUGAGGAUAAGUUUGAUAAUCCCACUGGAGACUAUGCCGAGCCGAUUUUAAUAAAUGAUAAACCAGUAUUGCAAUUCGCUGGUGAAGGUACUGCUGCUCACUGGAGUCUGGUAGACGGUGCCGUUGAAUCGGGAUGGCGAGAAGCAGAUCGGAUAAUUAAUUAUUAUGCCGAUAAUUAAUGUAACAUAUAAUUUAAAAAUUUUUGAGCAUCGCUGCAUAAAAAAUUUCAAUUUUAAAAUAUAAAAUAUAGCGGGAUAAAUAUUUUUACACCUAGAUUUCUUCUUAUUUGUUUUAUUUUCUAAAUUAAAGGAUUCAUUUAAAGUUUAUUAGAUACUUCUAAGCAACUUUGUUUAUAAAAUUAACUUUGAAGGCCAUUUUUAUGUUAUAUAAUCGAGAUAACUUUGUGAUUUAACAAAUCCAUGAACUUUAACAUCUGUAAAAUAAAUAAAUUGAAGAGAUAUUGAAUAAAUAAAUUUUACUUUCAGUAGA